AGAAGGGUUGCACAAUUCCCCCAACUCCCAUACAUAUGGCAGCUCUUCUAGACACAGGUUUUCUCGGGAGAAAUGCAGGGACCCCAGCCAUAUCUCCCACCCUGAGAAAUUUGGGAGGUUCCGGGAGCUCAGAAGCUCUGCAGAGGCCACCCUCUCUGAGGGGAUUGUUCUUAGACUUCCAUCCAGAGGCAAAUGUUGGCCUGUCCAUGCUGAAACCCACAGGCCUUCCUGGGUCAUCUUCUCUCACCCACUCCUUGAUGACAGGGAACAGGAGCAGUAAAGCCACACCGGAAAUGGAUUCAGGACUGACAGGAGCCACCUUGUCACAUAAGACAUCUACAGGUGCAAUCAUAGUGACGGAACAUACUCUGCCCUUUACUUCCCCAGCUAAGACCUUGGCCAGUCCUGCGUCUUCGGUUGUGGGAAGAACCACCCGGUCUCUGGGGGCGAUGUCCUCUGCUCUCCCUGAGUCAACCUCUAGAGGAAUUACACACUCCGAGCAAAGAACCAGCUCAUCGCUGAGUCCCCAGGUCAAUGGAACUCCCUCUAGGAACUCUCCUGCUACAAGCGUGGUUUCAGGAUUGAGUUCCCCAAGGACCAGGACCAGUUCCACAGAAGGAAAUUUUACCAAAGAAUCAUCUACCUACACACUCGCUGUAGAGACCACAAGUGGCCCAGUCACUGAGUACACAGUCCCCACUGAGACCUCAACAACCAAAGGUGACAGCACAGGGAACCCCUGGGGCACAAGAUAUAUCCCUGCAAAAAUCACAUCUCCAAUGAAAACAUUUGCAGAUUCAACUGCAUCCAAGGAAAAUGUCCCGGUGUCUAUGACUCCAGCUGAGUCCACAGUUACUGACUCACAUACUCCAGGAAAGACAACCCCAUCCUUUGGGACAGUUUAUUCUUCCUUCCUUGACUUAUCGCCUAGAGGGACCCCAAAUUCCAGAGGUGGAACAAGCCUGGAACUGACUCCAUCAACCACUGGAUAUCCCUUCUCUUCUCCUGAACCUGGCUCCACAGGACACAGCAGAAUAAGUACCAGUGCGUCUUUGUCAUCAUCUGCUUCAGUUCUCGAUAAUAAAAUAUCAGAGACCGGCAUAUUCUCAGGCCAGAGUAUCACUUCCCCUCUAUCUCCUGGGGUGCCCGAGGCCAGAGUCAGCACAAUGCCCAACUCAGCUAUCCCUUUUUCCAUGACACUAAGCAAUGUAGACACAAGUGCUGAAAAGGUCAGAAGUACAAUUUCCUCUCUGGGGACUCCAUCUACAUCCACAGAGCAGACAACAGAGACUAUCCUUACCUUCCGUGCCUUCGCUGAGACCACGGAUACACCUGGCACCCACAUAGCCAAGACUUUGGCUUCAGAAUGGUCAGGGAGUCCAGGUACCCUCAGUGGCACCAGCACUUCAGCGUUGACAACCACAUCUCCAUCUACCACUUCAGUCUCAGAGGAGACCAACACCCAUCACUCCAUGAGUAGAAAGGAAACAGAAGGAACUUUGAAUACAUCCAUGACUCCACUUGAGACCUCUGCUCCUGGAGAAGAGACCGAAAUGACUGCCACCUUGGUCCCCACCCCAGGUUUUACUACUCUUUACAGCAAGAUUAGUAGUCCAUCUCAGGUCUCUUCAUCACACCCAACAAGAGAGCUCAGAACCGCAGGCAGCACCUCUGGGAGGCAGAGUUCCAGUAGAGCUGCCCACAGGAGCUCUGACAUCCUGAAGGCAACCACUUCCAGCACCUCAACAGCGUCAUCAUGGACCAGUGAAAGCACAGCUCAGCAAUUUAGUGAACCCCAGCACACACAGUGGGUGGAGACAAGUCCUAGCAUGAAAACAGACAGACCCCCAGCAUCAACCAGUGUGGCAGCCCGUGCCACCACUUCUCCUGUUCCCUCAGUGGUGUCUGGCUUCACCACCCUGAAGACCAGCUCCACUAAAGGGAUUUGGCUUAAAGAAACAUCUGCAGACACACUCAUCGGAGAAUCCACAACUGGCCCAAACACCUAUCAGUUUACUGUUCCCACUGGGAUUUCAAUGACAGGAGGCAGCAUCACAAGGGGAAGGCAGGGCACAACUCACCCACUCAAAAGAGCCACAGCAUUAUCUGAGACAUCCACAGAUUUGACUCUGGCCAUGAACGGUGUCCCAAUCUCCAUGACUCCAGCAGUUAGCAAGAUGGCUGCUGGCUCAAGUCCUCCAGGAGGGACAAAUCCAUCAUAUACAAUGGUUUCUUCUGUCAUCCCUGAGACGUCAUCUCUAGAGUCCCCAGCUUCUAGGGAAGGAACCAGCCUGGGACUGACUCCAUUAAACACUAGACAUCCCUCCUCUUCCCCUGAACCAGACUCUGCAGGACCUACCAAGAUAAGCACCAGCGUUCCUCUGUUGUCAUCUGCUUCAGUUCUUGAGGAUACAGUGUCAGCGACCAGCACAUUCUCACACCACAGAGUCACCUCAUCUAUGACCACAGGGACUCCUGAAAUCUCAACAAAGACAAAGCCCAGCUCAGCCAUUCUUUUCUCCAUGACCCUAAGUAAUGCAGCAACAAGUCCUGAAAGAGUCAGAAAUGCAACUUCCCCUCUGACUUAUCCAUCUGCAUCAGGGAAAGGGACAGCAGGGAGUGUCCUCACCCUCAGCACCUCUGCUGAGACUACAGACUCACCUAGCAUCCACCCAAUUGGGACACUGGCUUCAGAAUGGUCAGAGAGUCCUAGCACUCUCAGCCUCCCAAGUGUCUCUGGAGUGAAAACCACAUUUUCUUCAUCUACUCCUUCCACUCAUCUAUUUACCGGUGCAGAAGAAACAGAGGAAACUUUGAAUCCAUCUGUAUCUCAACCUGAGACUUCUGUUUCCAGAGUAAGGACCACCUUGGCCAGCACCUCUGUCCCCACCCAAGUAUUCCCCACCAUGGACACCUGGACUACACGUUCAACUCAGUUCUCUUCAUCCCACCUAGUGAGUGAGCUCAGAGCCACGAGCAGUACCUCAGCUACAAACUCAACCAGCUCAGCUCUUCCUAAAAUAUCUCACCUCUCUGGGACAGCAGCAAUGUCACAGACCAAUACAGGCACGUUUAAUGACUCUGCUGCACCCCAAAGCACAACUUGGCCAGAGACUAGUCCCAGAUUCAAGACGGGGUUACCUUCAGCAACAACCACUGUUUCAACUUCUGCCACUUCUCUCGCUGCUACUGUAGUGGUCUCUAAAUUCACUUCUCCAGCAACUGGUUCCACAGAAGCAACUUCUAUCAGGGAACCAUCAACAACCAUCCUCACAACAGAGACCACGAAUGGCCCAGGCACUGUGGCUAUGGCUUCUACCAACAUCCCAAUUGGAAAGGGCUACGUUACUGAAGGAACAUUGGACACAACUCAUCUGUCCAUUGGAACCUCAACUUCCUCUGAGACAUCUACAGAUUUUACCAUGGCCAAAGAAAGUGUCUCAAUGUCAGUAUCUCCAUCUCAGUCCAUGGAUGCUGUUGGCUCAAGCACUCCAGGAACGACAAGCCAAUUGCUUGGCACAUUUUCUGAUGAUGUCUAUCAUUUAACAUCUGGAGAAAUUCCAAUGCCUAGAGGUGGAGCCAGUUCAGCUCUGACUCCACAAAUGACUGCAACUCACCCUUCAUCUCCUGAGCCUGGUUCUGCUAGAAGCACCUGGCUUGGCAUCUUGUCCUCAUCUUCUUCUCCUACUCCCAAAGUCACAACGAGCUCCACAUUUUCAACCCAGAGAGUCACCCCAAGCAUGACAAUGGACACAGUUGAAACUAGUGAACGGAACACACCCAACUUACCUUCCAUGACUUCCUCGACACCAAGUAAUAUUCCAACAAGUGGUGCCAUAGGAAAAAGCACCCUGGUUCCCUUGGACACUCCAUCUCCAGCCACAUCAGUGGAGGCAUCAGAAGGGGGACUUCCGACCCUGAGCACCUACCCUGAAUCAGCAAACACACCCAGCAUCCGCCUCGGAACACACGCUAGUUCAGAAAGUCCAAGCACCAUCAACCUUACCAUGACUUCAGUAGUAGAAACUGGCUCUUACACACCUCUCGCCUUCCCCUCAAUAGAAACCCACAUUCAUGUAUCAACAGCCAGAAUGGAGACAAAUGAAAUUGCUUACUCUUCUGGGUCUUCACCUGAGAUGACAGCUCCUGGAGAGACUAACACUGGUAGUACCUGGGCCCCCACCACCUACAUCACCACUACGGAUCCUAAGGAUACAAGUUCAGCUCAGGUCUCUACACCCUACUCAGUGAGGGCACUCAGAACCACAGAAAACCAUCCAAAGACAGCGUCCACCACCCCAGCUGCUUACUCUGGAAGUCCUAAAAUCUCAAGUUCACCCGAUCUCACCAGUCUGAUCACAAAAGCAUGGACCAUCACAGACACAACUGAACACUCCACUCAAUUACAUUACACAAAUUUGGCAGAAAAACCAUCUGGAUUUGAGACACAGUCAACUCCAGGACCUGUCUCUGUAGUCCCUACCUCCCCUACCACUGGAAGCAGCACAUUGGAACUGACUUCUGAUGUCCCAGGGGAACCCGUGGUCCUCACUACCAGUGAGCAGACCACAAUCACUCUCCCCAUGGCAACAUGGCUGAAUACCAGUUUGACAGAGGAAAUGCCUUCAACAGACCUUGAUAUUUCAAGUCCAAGUUCGUUCAUGAGUACAUUUGCUAUUUUUCCACCUAUGUCCACACCUUCUCAUGAACUUUCAAAGUCAGAGGCAGAUACCAGUGCCAUUGGAAAUACAGAUUCAACCACAUGGGAUCAGCACCUAGGAAUCAGGAGUUUGGGCGCAACUGGGGACUUAACAACUGUUCCUAUCACCCCACUGUCAACCAUGUGGACCAGUGUGAUUGAACACUCAACACAAGCACAGGACACCCGUUCUGCAACGAUGAGUCCUACUCAUGUGACACAAUCACUCAAAGAUCAAACAUCUUUACCAGCCUCAGCAUCCCCUCCCCAUCUUACUGAAGUCUACCCUGAGCUCAGGACACAAGGGAGAAGCUCCUCUGAGGCAACCACUUUUUGGAAACCAUCUACAGAGACACUCUCCAGAGAGAUUGAGACUGGCCCAACAAACGUUCAAUCCACUCCACCCAUGGACAACACAACAGGGAGCAGUAGUAGUGGAGUCACCCUGGGCACAGCCCACCUUCCCAUAGGAACAUCAUCCCCAGCUGAGACAUCCACAAACAUAGCACUGGAAAGAGGAAGUUCUACAGCCUCUGUCUCCAUGGCUGGGACUGUGGGACUCCUAGUUACUAGUGCUCCAGGAGGAAGCAUCAACCAGUCAUUAGGAAGAGUUUCCUCUGUCCUUUCUGAGUCAACUACUGAAGGAGUCACAGAUUCUAGUAAGGGAAGCAGUCCAAGGCUGAACACACAGGGAAAUACAGCUCCCUCCUCCUCUCUUGAACCCAACUCUGCUGAAGGAAGCCAGAUGAGCACAAGCAUCCCUCUACCCUCAUCUCCUCCAACUCCUGAUGUGGAAUUCAUAGGGGGCAGUACAUUUUGGACCAAGGAGGUCACCACAGUUAUGACCUCAGACAUCUCCAAGUCUUCAUCAAGGACAGAGUCCAGCUCAGCUACCCUUAUGUCCACAGCUUUGGGAAGCACUGAACAUACAAAAAAACUCAGAACUGCCUCUAUGGAUCUUCCAUCUCCAACUCCAUCAAUGGAAGUGACACCAUGGAGUUCUCUCACUCUCAGUAACACCCCCAAGACCACAGAUUCACCUGACCUCAGCCAUGGGGUGCACACCAGCUCUACAGGGACUUUGGUCACUGACAGGCCAUUGGAUACUGGUGUCACUAGAGCCUUCAGAUUGGAAAACAGCUCCAGCACCUCUUCUGAGUCCCUGUCUGUGGGAACCAGCACUCACACAUCCAUGAUUUACACAGAGAAGAGUGAAGUGCCUUCUUCAAUACGUUCCCAACCUGAGACCUCAGCUCCUGAAGCAGAGACCACUUUGACUUCCACUCCUGGAAACAAGGCCACAAGCUUAACAUUGCCUUUUUCAUCCAUUCCAGUGGAGGAAGUCAUUUCUACAGGCAUAACCUCAGGACUAGACAUCAGCUCAGCACCCAUGACACAUUCUCCCAUCACCCCACCAACAAUUGCAUGGACCAGUACAGGCACAAUUGAACAGUUCACUCAACCACUACAUGCAGUUUCUUCAGAAAACGUUUCUGGGCAGACACAGGCAACUCCAUAUGUCAAUGCUGUGGCAGUGUCUGCUUCCCCUACCCAUGAGAACUCAGUCUCUUCUGGAAGCAGCACGUCCGUUCCAUAUUCCUUAGCCUCACUUGAAUCCUUGGAUUCCACAAUCAGUACUACUUUAUCUGAGGCAUUGUCCUCAGCUCAUUCGGGGGUUUCAAACCCAAGUUCAACUACGACUGAAUUUCCACUCUUUUCAGCUGCAUCCACAUCUGCUGCUCAGCAAACAAAUCCAGAAACAGAGACCUAUGGCCCCGAGAAUACAGCCCCGAGUACUUUGAACACUGAUGCAUCCUCAGGCACAGGUCUUUCUGAGACUUCUGUGGGGGCAACUAUCAGCUCUGAAGUCCUUCUUCCAAUGACCGUAACUUCCAGAUCAGAUGUUUCUGGCCUUAUGUCUGAGAGUACUGCUAACCUGAGUUUAGGCACAGCCUCUUCAGGAGGGACCAAAUUAACUAGGACAAUAUCCCUGCCCACUUCAGAGUCUUUGGUUUCCUUUAGAAUGAACAAGGAUCCACGGACAGUGUCAAUCCCUUUGGGGUCCCAUCCAACUAUUAAUACAGAAACAAGCUUCCCAGUAAACAGUGCAGGUUCACCUGGCUUGUCCACAGUAGCAUCAGAUGUAAUUGACAUACCUUCAGAUGGGGCUGAAAGUAUUCCCACUGUCUCCUUUUCCCCCUCCCCUGAUAAUGAAGUGACAACUAUCUCACAUUUCCCAGAAAAGACAACUCAUUCAUUUAGAACCAUUUCAUCUCUCACUCCUGAGUUGACUUCAAGAGUGACACCUACUCCUGGGGAUUGGACCGGUUCAGCUGUGUCCACAAAGCCCACAGAAGCCAGUUCUUCCAUUACACUGGGAGAGAGAAUGACAAUCACCUCUGCUGCUCCAACCACUUCCCCCAUAGUUCUCACUGUUAGUUUCACAGAGACCAGCACAGUUUCACUGGAUAAUGAAACUACAGUAAAAAUCUCAGAUAUCCUUGAGGCACAGACAACAAAUGAGCUCCCCUCAGAUAGCAGUUCUUCCUCUGAUCUGAUCAACACCUCCAUAGCUUCUUCAACUAUGGAUGUCACUAAAACAGCCUCUAUCAGUCCCACUAGCAUCUCAGGAAGGACAGCAAGUUCCUCUCCAUCUCUCUUCUCUUCAGAUAGAUCCGAGGUUCCCACAUCUACAAUAGAGACAAAUACAGCCACCUCUCCAUCUGUUUCCAGUAACACCUAUUCUCUUGAUAGAGGCUCCAAUGUGGGUGGCACGCCAUCCACUUUACCACCCUUUACAAUCACCCAUCCUGUCAAAACAAGCUCGGCCCUGUUAACCUGGUCUAGACCAGUAGGAACUUUCAGCACCAUGGUCAGCACUGACACUGCCACCGGAGAAAAUCCUACCUCUAGCAAUUCUGUGGUGACUUCUGUUCCAGCACCAGGUAUAUGGACCAGUGUAGACAGCACUACUGAUUUGCCUGCCAUGGGCUCUCUCAAGACAAGUCCUGCAGGAGAGACACACUCACUUCCAGCAUCAACUAUUGAACCAGCCACUGCCUUCACUCCCCAUCUCUCAGCGACAGUGGUCACUGGAUCCAGUGCUACAUCAGAAGCCAGUCUUCUCACUACGACUGAAAGCAAAACCAUUGAUUCUUCAUCACAGACCCCAACUACAACCACCUCUGGAGCAAGCUGGGAAACUUCAGCUACUCCUGAGAGCCUUUUGGCCGUCACUGAGACUUCAGACACAACACUCACCUCAAAGAUUUCAGUGACAGAUACCAUCUUGUUUUCAACUGUGUCCACACCACCUUCUAAACUUCCAAGUACAGGGACUCUCUCUGGAGCCUCCUCCCCUACUUUACUCCCGGACACUCCAGCCAUCCCACUCACCACCACUGAGCCAACAAGUUCAUUAGCUACAUCCUUUGAUUCUACCCCACUGGUGACUAUAGAUUUGGAUAGACUUGGCACAGUCCCAGAGACUACCCUGACCAUGUCAGAGACCUCAAAUGGGGAUGCACUGGUUCUUAAGACAGUAAGUAACCCAGAUAGGAGCAUACCUGGAAUCACUAUCCAAGGGGUAGCAGAAAGUCCACUCCAUCCUUCUUCCACUUCCCCCUCUAAGAUUGUUGCUCCACAGAACACAACCUAUGAAGGUUCAACCAUCAUGGCACUUUCUACUUUGCCUGCAGGAAUUACUGGUUCCCUUGCAUUCGGUCAGAGUUCUGACACCUCAGAGACAACAGCUUUGGUGAACUCAUCAGCUGGGCUUGAGAGGGCAUCUGUGAUGUCACUAACCACAGGAAGCCAGGGUUUGGCCAGCUCUGGAGGAGUCAGAAGUGGGUCCACUCACUCAACUGGAGCCAACACAUUUUCUUCUCUCCCUCUGACCAUGAACCCAGGUGAGGUUACAGCCAUGUCUGAAAUCACCAUGAACAGACUGACAGCUACUCAAUCAACAGUGCCCAAAGGGAUACCUGUGAAGCCCACAAGUGCUGUGUCAGGGCUCCUAACACCUGUCUCUGCCUCCUCAAGCCCAUCAAAGGCCUUUUCAUCACUGACUACAGCUCCCACAACUUGGAGGAUCCCACAGUCCACCUUGACCUUUAAGUUUUUUGAGGUCCCAAGUUUGGAUACUAAGUCUGCUUCUUUACCAACUUCUGGACAGUCCCUGAACACCAUUCCAGACUCAGAUGCAAGCACAGCAUCUUCCUCACUGUCCAAGUCUCCAGAAAAAAACACAAGGGCAGGGAUGAUGACUUCCACAAAGGCCAUAAGUGCAAGCUCAGUUCAAUCAACAGGUUUUACUGAAAUCCCUGAGAAAUCUGCCUCCCCUUCUAUGGCAGGACAUGAACUCAGAGUUCCCACUCCAGGAACAGGGGACCCUAUAUAUGCCUCAGAGAGCAUGUCUUAUCCAGACCUGAGCACGGCAUCAUCAUCUAUGACAUCGACUCCUCUUGCAUCAAAACUCACAACUCUCUUCAGCACAGGUCAAGCAGCAAGGUCUGGUUCUAGUUCCUCUCGCAUAAGCCUAUCCACUGAGAAAGAAACCAGCUUUCUUUCCCCCACUGCAUCCACCUCCAGAAAGACUUCACUCUUUCUUGGGCCCUCCGUGGCAAAACAGCCCAACACAUUGGUGGAUCUUCAGACUUCAGCUCGGACACUUUCUCCAACAUCCACUCUAAAUAUGUCCCAGGAGGAGCCUCCUGAGAUAACCUCAAGCCAGACCACUACAGAAGAAGAGAGAACAACAGCUGAAACACAGACAUUAACCUUCACACCAUAUGAGACCCCGACAUCCUUGUUACCUGUCUCUUCUCCCACAGAACCCACAGCCGGAAGAAAGGGUUCUCCAGAAACAUGGGCAAGCUCUAUUUCAGUUCCCGCCAAGACCUCCUUGGUUGAAACAACUGAUGGAAUGCUAGUGCCCACUACAAAGAUGUCAAGUCAGGCAAUGUUACUAACUGAACACUUCUGUUGCUUCAGCUUACUAAUUUACAUGAUCAAUAGCCAAUUAAUUCAGCAGGAGAGAAUGCUACAGAGUCGAUUCUCUCUGUACUUUCUUCUGCUCCAGAGCACAUCCCCAGGAAGCCCAGAAAUGUCUACAGCUCUCAAAAUCAUGAGCUCCAAGAAACCCAGCAUCAGCCCAGAGAUCAGGUCCACUGUGAGAAUUUCUCCUUGGAAGACUGCAGAAACAACUGUUCCCAUGGAGACCACUGUGGAACCAGUCACCCUUCAGUCCACAGCCCUAAGAAGUAGCAGCACCAGCCUCUCUCACCUGCCCACAGGAGCCACAUCACCAACCAAGUCACCAACAGAAAAUAUGAUGGCUACAGAAAGGGUCUCCCUCUCCCCAUCCCCACCUGACGCUUGGACCAAUCUUUAUUCUGGAACUCCAGGAGGGACCAGGCAGUCACUGGCCACAACGCUCUCUGUCUCCUUAGAGUCACCAACUGCUAGAAGCACGACAGGGACUGGUCAGCAAAGCAGUCCAGAAUUGAUUUCGAAGACAACUGGAAUGGAAUCCUCUAUGUGGCAUGGCUCUACUGGAGGGGCCACAGUAGACACACAUGUCUCUCUGAGCACAUCUCCCAAUAUCCUUGAAGACCGUGUAACCAGCCCAAACUCUGUGAGCUCAGUCACAAAUAAAUCCAAACAUAAAACCGAGACAUGGGUCAGCACCACAGCCAUUCCCUCCACAAUCCUGAAUCACAAGACAAUGGCAGCUGAAGAACAGACAAGUCAAUCUGUGGAUGAGGCUUAUUCAUCAACUAGCUCAUGGUCAGAUCAGACAUCUGGGAGUGACAUCACCCUUGGUGCAUCUCCUGAUGUCACAAAGACAUUAUACAUCACCUCCACAGCACAAACCACCUCACUAGCAUCUCUGCCCUCUGGAGACCAAAGCAUUACCAGCCUCACCAGUCCCUCAGGAGAAAAAAGAAGCUCUGCAUCAUCUGUCACAUCCCCUGUGGAAGUGAGCAUCAUGAAUGCAACCACAGCUCCUACUCCAGGUAUCUCCACCACCAUCACCACCAUGGGAACCAACUCAAUCGUGACUACCACACCCAGCCCCGAAGUGGGUGUGAGUACCAUGGACAGCACCCCGGACACAGAGAGGCACACAUCUUCUACAGAGCACCCUCCCACCUGGUCCUCCACAGCUGCAUCAGAUUCCUGGACUGUCACAGACAUGGCUUCAAACUUGAAAGUCGCAAGUUCUCCUGGAACAAUUUCUACAAUGCAUACAACUUCAUUCUUAGCCCCAAGCACUGAAUUGGACUCCAUGUCUACUCCCUAUGGCCUUAUAACUGUCACUGGAACCAGCCUAGACACUCCAUCCUCUGAUGCUUCAGCUGUAAAGACAGAGACCAGUACCAGUGAAAGAACAUUGAGUCCUUCAGACACAACUGCAUCUACUCCCAUCUCAACUAUCUCUCCUGUCCAGAGGCUGAGCAUCUCAGUUCCUGACAUUUUAAGUACAAGUUGGACUCCCAGUAAUACAGAAACAGAAGAUGUGCCUGUUUCAAUGGUUUCUACAGAUCAUGCUAGUACAACGACUGACUCAAAUAUGCCGCCGUCUGCUUUUCUGUUUGAUUCUCGGUCCACUCUUGACUGGGACCCUGGGAGAUCUGUGUCAUCAGCCACAGCCACUACCUCAGCUCCUCACGGGGCCACAACUCCUCAAGAACUCAUUUUGGAGACCAUCAUCAGCUCAGCUACCUCACAGCUGCCCUUCUCUAUAGGGGACGUUACAAGUGUAGUCACACCAGCUGCAAUGGUAAGGAGCUCUGGAGUUACUUUUUCAAGACCAGAUCUGACAAGCAAAAAGGCAGAGCAGACUUCUACUCAGCUUCCCACCACAAUUUCUGCACAUCCAGGGCAGGUGCCCAGAUCAGCAGCAACAACUCUGGAUGUGAUCCCACACACAGCACAAACUCCAGAUCCAACUCUUCAGAGACAAGGGCAGAGGGCUCUUACAACAGAGGCAAGAGCUACAUCUGACUCCUGGAAUGAGAAAGAAAAAUCAACCUCAAGUGCACCUUGGAUCACUGAGAUGAUGAAUUCUGUCUCACAAGAGACCAUCAAGGAGGUUACCAGCUCCUCCAGUGUUAAGGAGCCUGAAUACACUGGACAUAAGCUUGGAAUCUGCGAUGACUUCAUCCCCAUUGGAAAAGCAGCCCGUAUAAGAGAAUUGCCCCUUCUGAGUCCACCAGACAAAGAGGCAAUUCACCCUUCUACAAACACAGUAGAGACAAGAGCAUGGGUCACAAGUUCCGAACAUGCUUCUCCUUCUACUGUCCCAGCUCAUUCAGAGUCAUCCAAACUCACAUCUCCAGUGGUUACUGCCUCCACCAGGGACCAAGCAAUAGUUUCUGCAUCAGCAACCACAAGGCCAGAGUCUACAAGGACUGGAACAGAGCCUAAUUCCUCCUUGACUACUGAACUGAAGGAUUUCAGCCCUUACAUGGACCCCAGCUCAACCACACAAACAAGUAUUAUCUCUUCCCCAGGUUCCACUGCGAUCACCAAGGGGCCUAGAACAGAAAUUACCUCCUCUAAGAGAAUAUCCAGCUCAUUCCUUGCCCAGUCUGUGAGGUCAUCAGACAGCCCCUCAGAAACCAUCACCAGGCUGUCUAACUUCCCUGCCACGACAGAAUCUGGAGGAAUGACCCUCACUAUGCAAACAAGUCCACCUGGCGCUACAUCACUAAGUGCACCUACUUUGGAUACAUCAGCCACAGCCUCCUGGACAGGGACUCCACUGGCUAUGACUCAGAGAUUUACAUACUCAGAGAAGACCACUCUCUUUAGCAAAGGUCCUGAGGAUACAUCACAACCAAGCCCUCCCUCUGUAGAAGAAACUAGCUCUUCCUCUUCCCUAGUACCUAUUCAUGCCACAACCUCACCUUCCAAUAUUUUGUUGACAUCACAAGGGCACAGUCCCUCCUCUACUCCACCUGUGACCUCAGUUUUCUGGUCUGAGACCUCUGGCCUGGGGAAGACCACAGACAUGUCAAGGAUAAGCUUGGAACCUGGCACCAGUCUACUUCCCAAUUUGAGCAGUACAGCAGGUGAGGUGUUAUCCACUUAUGAAGCUUCCAGAGAUACAAAGGCAAUUCAUCAUUCUGCAAACACAGCAGUGACGACUAUGGAGGCAACUAGUUCUGAACAUUCUCCUGUCCCAGUCCAUACAAAGCCAUCCAAAGCCACAUCUCCAUUGGUUACCUCCCACAUCAUGGGGGACAUCACUGCUUCCACAUCAGUGUUUGGCUCCUCCGAGACCACAAAGAUUGAGACAGUGUCCUCUGUGAACCCAGGACUUCAGGAGAGAAGCACAUCCCAGGUGGCCAGCUCUGCUACAGAGACAAGCACUGUCAUUACCCAUGCGUCUAGUGGUGAUGCUACUACUCAUGUCACCAAGACACAAGCCACUUUCUCUAGCAGAACAUCCAUUCCAAGCCCCCAUCACUUCAAAACUUCUACCAAUGCAUUUACAAAUGUGAGCACCAACCCUUCUACCUCUCUGAUAAUGGCAGAAUCUUCAGGAGUGACCAUCACCACCCAGACAGGUCCUACUGGAGCUACAACACAGGGUCCAUAUCUCUUGGACACAUCAAGCAUGCCUUACUUGACAGAGACUCCAUUGACUUUGACUCCAGAUUUUAUGCAAUCAGAGAAGACCACUCUCAUGAGCAAAGGUCCCAAGGAUGUGUCAUGGACAAGCCCUCCCUCUGUGGCAGAAACCAGCUCUCCCGCUUCCCUGACACCUAUCUUGGUCACAGCCUCACCUUCUGCCACUUACACAUUACGAGGGCGAAGUACAUCCUCUCCUGUUUCUGUGACUUCAGUUCUCACCUCUGGACUGGUGAAGACCACAGAUACAUUGAACACAAGCAUGAAACCUGUGACCAAUUCACCUCAAAGUUUGAACAACACAUCAAAUGAGAUGCUGGCCACUUUGGAAGCCACCACAGACAUAGAGACAAUUCAUCCUUCCAUAAACAAAGCAGUGACCAAUAUGGGGACCACCAGUUCAGCACAUGAACUGCAUUCCACUCUCCCAGUCAGCUCAGAAUCAUCCACAGCCACAUCUCCAAUGGUUCCUGCCUCUGCUAUGGGGGAUGCUCUUGCUUCUACAUCAACACCUCGUUCUGAGACCACAGACACUGAGGGAGAGCUAACAUCCUCCCUGACUGCUGAACAAAAAGAGAACAGCACCCUCCAGGAGAUGAACUCAACUACAGAGUCAAACAUCAUCCUCUCCAAUGUGUCUGUGGGGACUGCUACUGAAGCCUCCAAAGUGGAAGUCCCCUCUUUUGAUGCAACAUUCAUACCAACUCCUGCUCAGUCAACAAAGUUCCAAGAUAUUUUCUCAGUAUCCGGCAGUAGACUUUCAAACUCUCCUCUCAUGACAAUAUCUACCCACAUGACCACCACCCAGACAGGGUCUUCUGGAGCUACAUCAAAGAUUCCACUUCCCUUAGACACAUCAACGUUGGAAACCUCAGCAGGGACUCCAUCAGUGGUGACUGAGGGGUUUUCCCCCUCAAAAAUAACCACUGCCAUGAACAAUGAUGCCAAGGAUGUAUCACAGACAAGCCCUCUCUUUGAGGAGGAAGCCAGCUCUCCCUCUUCUCAGGCACCUGUCCUUAUCACAACCUUACCUUCUCCUGUUUCUUUCACAUUGCAAUGGCAUGGUACCUCCUCUCCUGUUUCUAUGUCCUCAGUUCCUACUUCUUCACUGGUAAAGAUCACAGGCAAGGUGGACACAAGCUUAGAAACGGUGACCAGUUCACCUCAAAGUAUGAGCAACACUUUGGAUGACAUAUUGGCCACUUCACCAGCCACCACAGAUAUAGAGACAACACACUCUUCCCUGAACACAGCAGUGACCAAUGUGGGGACCCCUAGUUCAGCAUUUGAAUCACAUUCUACUGUCUCAGCUGACCCAGAGCCAUCUAAAGUCACAUCUCCAAAUGUCACCACCUCCACUAUGGAAGACACCACAAUUUCCAGAUCAAUUCCUAGAUCCUCUAAGACUACAAGAAUUGAGACUGAGACAACUUCCUCCCUGACUCCUAAACUGAGGGAGACCAGCAUCUCCCAGGAGAUCACCUCGUCCAUGGAGACAAGCACCAUUCCUUACAAAGAGCUUACAAACAUGAAGAGAGAGCCAACAUACUUCUUGACUCCUAGACUGAGGGAGACCAGUACCUCUCAGAAGUCCAGCUUUUCCACAGACAUGAGUUUUCUACUUUCCAAAGUUCCCACUGCUACUAUUACUGAGGUCUCCAGUACAGAGGUCAUCUCUUCUAGCAAAAUUUCCACCCCAGACCAUGAUAAGUCUACAAUGCCACCUGACACCUUCACAGGAGAGAUCUCCAGGGUCUUCACCUCCUCUAUUAAGACAAAAUCUGCAGAGAUGACGAUCACCACCCCAGCAAGUCCUCCUGGGUCUGCAUCACAUGGUACCCUUCCCUUGGACACAUUAACCACACUUUCCCAGGGAGGGACUCAUUCAACUGUGACUCAGGGAUUCCCACACUCAGAGGUGACCACUCUCAUGAGCAUGGGUCCUGAGAAUGUGUCAUGGAUGACAACUCCCCCUAUGGAAAAAACCAGCUUUGUGUCUUCCCCGAUAUCUUCACCUGCCAUGAUAUCCCCUUCUCCUGUUUCCUCCACAUCACCAGAGAGCAUCCCCUCCUCUUCUCUUCCUGUAACUGCACUUCCUACUUCUGUUCUGGUGACAACCACAAAUGGAUUGGGCACUACAAGCCCAGAAUCUGUAACCAGUUCACCUCCAAAUUUGAGCAGCAGCACUCAUGAGAGACUGACCACUUACAAAGACACUGCACACACAGAAGCUGCCACACAUCCUUCCACAAACACUGCAGUGACCAAUGUAGGGACUUCCGGGUCUGGACAUGAAUCACAAUCCUCUGCCUUAGUUGACUCAGAGACAUCGAAAGACACACCUCUGAUGAGUACCACUUCCACCAUGGGAGACACAAGUGUUUCCAUAUCGACUCCUGAUAUCUCUCAAACUAGCCAAAUUCAAACAGAGUCAAUGGCAUCCCUGACCCCUAGACCGAGGGAGAGCAGCACGUCUGAGAAGAUCAGCUCAGUGACAGAGACAAAUAGUACCAUUUUUUAUGUGCCUACGGGUGCUACUGCUCAGGUCUCCAGGACAGAAGUCAUCUCCUCUAGCAGAACAUCCAUCUCAGACCUUGAUCAGUCCACAAUGACACCCAGCAUCUCCACAGGAAUGAUCCCCAGGCUGUUCACCUCCCCUAUCAUGACAAAAUCUGCAGAAAUGACCAUCACCACUCAAACAACUACUCCUAGGGCUCCAUCACAUGGUACUGUUCCCUUGGACACAUCAACCACACUCUUCCAGGGAGGGACUCAUUCAACUAUGUCUCAAGGAUUCCCACACUUAGAGAUAGCCACUCUUAGGAGCAGAACUCCUGAAGAUGUGUCAUGGAUGACAACUCCCUCUGUAGAAGAAACCAGCUCUGAGUCCUCCUUGAUGUCUUCACCUGCCAUGACAUCCCCUUCUUCUGUUUCCUCCACAUUAUCAGAGAGCAUCCCCUCCUCUCCUCUUCCUGUGACGGCACUUCUUACUUCUGUUCUGGUGACAACCACAGAUGUGUUGGACACGAUAAGCUCAGAGCCUGUAACCAGUUCACCUCCAAGUUUGAGCAGCCCCACACAUGAGAGACCAGCCACUUACAAAGACACUGCACAUAUGGAAACCAUGCAUCCUUCCACAAACACAGCAGUGACCAACGUAGGGACCUCUGGGUCUGGACAUGAAUCACAAUCCUCUGUACUAGCUGACUCAGAGACAUCAAAAACCACAUCUCCAAUGAGUACCACCUCCACCCUGGGGAACACAAGUGUUUCCACAUCAACUCUUAAUAUCUCUCAGACUAGCCAAAUUCAAACAGAGCCAACAGCAUCCCUGAGCCCUAGACUGAGGGAGAGCAGCACGUCUGAGGAGACCAGCUCAAUGACAGAGACAAAUACCGCCUUUUCUUAUGUGCUCACGGGUGCUAUCACUCAGAGCUCCAGAACAGAAAUCUCCUCUAGAAGAACAUCCAUCUCAGACCUUGAUCGGUCCACAGUAGUACCCGACAUCUCCACAGGAGUGAUAACCAGGCUUUUCACCUCCCCCAUCAUGACAAAAUCUGCAGAAAUGAGCAUCACCACUAAAACAACUACUCCUGGGGCUACAUCACAGGAUACCCUUCCCUUGGACACAUCAACCACACUCUUCCAGCGAGGGACUUAUUCAACUGUGUCUCAGGGAUUCCCACACUCAGAGAUAGCCACUCUUAGGAGCAGAACUCCUGGAGAUGUGUCAUGGAUGACAACUCCCUCUGUAGAAGAAACCAGCUCUGAGUCCUCCUUGAUGUCUUCACCUGCCAUGACAUCCCCUUCUCCUGUUUCCUCCACAUUAUCAGAGAGCAUCCCCUCCUCUCCUCUUCCUGUGACAGCACUUCUUACUUCUGUUCUGGUGACAACCACAGAUGUGUUGGGCACGACAAGCUCAGAGCCUGUAACCAGUUCACCUCCAAAUUUAAGCAGCACCACACAUGAGAGACUGAUCACUUACAAAGACACUGCACACACAGAAGUCAUGCAUCCUUCCACAAACACCACAGUGGCCUACGUGGGGACCUCCAUUUCUGGACAUGAAUCACAACCUUCUGUCCUAGCUGACUCAAACACAUCCAAAGCCACAUCUCCAAUGGGUACCACCUCCACCAUGGGGGAUACAAGUGUUUCUGCAUCAACUCCUACCUUCUUUGAGACUAGAAUUCAGACUGAAUCAGCAUCCUCUUUGACUCCUGGAUUAAAGGACACCAGCACGUCUGAGGAGAUCAACACUGUGACAGAGACAAGCACUGUCCUUUCAGAAAUGCCCCCUGCUACUACUACUGAGGUCUCCAGGACAGAAGUUAUCACCUCUAGCAGAACAUCCAUCUCAGGGCUUGAUCAUUCCAAAAUGUCACCCUACAUCUCCACAGAAACCAUCACCAGGCUCUCCACUUCUCCUGUUGUAACAGGAUCCACAGAAAUGACCAUCACCAACCAAACAGGUCCUAUAGGGACUACCUCACUGGCUACCCUUACCCUGGACACAUCAACUACAGCUUCCUGGGAAGGGACGCACUCACCUGUGACUCAGAGAUUUCCACACUCAGAGGAUACCACUACUAGGAGCAGAGGUACUAAAGGCGUGUCAUGGCAAAGCUCUCCCUCUGUGGAAGAAACCAGUUCUUCUUCCCUGGUGCCUUUAACUGCAAUAACCUCACAUUCACCUCUUUUUUCCACAUUAUCGGGAAGUAGCCCCACUUCUCCUCUCCCUGUGACUUCCCUUCUCACCUCUGGCAGGAGGAAGACCACGGACAUGUUGGACGCACUCUCAGAGCCUGUGACCAGCUCCUUACCAAGUGCAAGUAGCUUCUCAGGUGAGAUGCCUACUUCUGAAGCCUCCACAAAUACAAAGACAAUUCACUUUUCAGAGAACACAGCAGAAACCAAUAUGAGGACCACCAAUUCUAUGCAUGAACUACAUUCCUCUGUCUCAAUCCACUCCCAGCCAUCCAGACACACACCUCCAAAUGUUACUGGGUCUAUGAUGAAGGACGCUAUUGUUUCCACAUCAACACCUAGUUCUCCUGAGACUAUAAAUAUUGACAGAGAGUCAACAUCCCUCCUGACUCCUGAACUGACAGAGAACAGCACCGCCCUGGUGAUGAACUCAACUACAGAGUCAAACAUUGUUUUCUCCAGUGUGUCCAUGGGUGCUGCUACUGAGGUCUCCAGGGCAGAAAUCCCCUACUAUGAUCCUACAUUCAUGCCAGCUUCUGCUCAGUCAACAAAGUCCCCAGACAUUUCACCUGAAGCCAGCAGCAGACAUUCUAACUCACCUCCCUUGACAAUAUCUACACACAAGACCAUCACCACACAAACAGAUCCUCCUGGGGUGACAUCUCUUGGCCAACUGACCUUGGACACAUCAACCAUAGCCAAUCCAGCAGGAACCCCAUCAGCCAGAACUCAGGAUUUUGUAGACUCAGAAACAACCACAGUCAUGAACAAUGAUCUCAGUGAUGUGUCGAAGACAAGCCCUUUCUCUGUAGAAGAAGCCAACUCUCUCUCUUCUCAGGCACCUCUCCUUGUGACAACCUCACCUUCUCCUGUAACUUCCACAUUGCGAGUGCACAGUACCUCCUCUCUUGCUUCUGUGACCUCAGUACUCACCCCUGCACCAGUGAAGAUAACAGACAUGGACACAAGCUUAGAACCUGUGACUCGUUCAUCUCAAAGUUUAAGCAACACCUCGGCCACUUCAGAAGCCACCACAGAUACACACACAAUACAUCCUUCUAUAAACACAGCAGUGACCAAUGUGGGGACCAUCAGUUCACCACACGAAUUCUAUUUUACUGUCUCACCUGACUCAGAGCCAUAUAAAACCACAUCUCCAGUAGUUAUCACUUCCACCAUGGGGAACUCAAUAGUUUCCAUGUCAAUGCCCAGAUCCUCAGAGAUGACAAAGAUUGAGUCUGAGACAACUUCCUCCCUGACCUUUGGACUGAGGGAGAUCAGCACCUCCCAGAAAAUCGGCUCAUCCUCAGACACAAGCGCUGUCUUUGACAAAGCACUCACUGCUGCUACUACUGAGGUCUCCAGAGCAGAACUCAUUUCCUCUAGCAGGACAUCCAUCCAAGGCACUGAAAAGCCCACAGUGUCACCAGACACCUCCACAGGAUCUGUCACCAUGUCCUCUACCUUUGCUGGCAUGACAAAAUCUGAAGAAAUGACCAUCGCCACUCAGACAGGUCCUCAUAGGGCUACCUCACAGGGUACCCUUACCUGGGACACGUCAAUCACAACCUCACAGGCAGAGACCCACUCAGCUAUGACUCAUGGAUUUUCACAAUUAGAUGUGUCCACUCUUAUAAGUAGAGCUCCUGAGGACGUGUCAGGGACAAGCUCACCCUCUGCGGAAAAAACUAGUUCUCCCUCUUCCCUUCUAUCUUUACCAGCAAUAACCUCACUGCCCCCUGUACCUACUACAUUACUAGAAGGUAGGCCCUAUUCUUCUGUUCAUCUGACUUCACUCCCCACUUCUGGCCUGGUGAAGACCACAGAUAUGCUGGCAUCUGUGACUACUUUACCUCCAAAUUUGGGCAGCCCCUCACAAAAGAUACCGUCUACUUCUGAAGACAUUAAAGAUACAGAGAAAAUGUAUCUUUCCACAAACAUAGCAGUAACCGAUAUGGGGACCACCAUUUCUGAAAAGGAAUCUUAUUCAUCUGUCCCAGCCUACUCAGAACCACCCAAAGUCACCUCUCCAGUGGUUACCUCUUUCACCAUAAGGGACACCAUUGUUUCCACAUCCAUGCCUGGCUCCUCUGAGAUUACAAGGAUUGAGAUGGAGUCAACAUCCUCCCUGGCUCAUAAGCUGAAGGAAACCAGCACCUCCCAGGAGCCCAUCGUAUCCACAGAGAAAAGUGCUGUCCUUCACAAGGUGACCACUGGUGCUACUCCUGAGACCUCUAGGACAGAAGUUGCCUCUUCUAGAAAAACAUCCAUUCCGGGCCCUGAUCAUUCCACAAAGUCACCAGACAUCUCCACUGAAGUGAUCCCCAGGCUGCCUAUUUCCCCUGGCAUUACAGAAUCUGCAAGUGUGACCAUCAUCACUCAAACAGGCCCUCCUCUUGGAUCUACAUCACAGGGUACAUUUACCUUGGACACACCAACUACAUCCUCCAGGGCAGGAACACACUCGGUGGUGACUCAGGAAUUUCCACACUCAGAAAUGACCACUCUCAUGAACAAGGACCCUGAGAUUCUAUCACAGACAAUCCCUCAUUCUAUAGAGAAAACCAGCUUCUCCUCUUCCCUGAUGCCUUCAGCAGCCAUGACCUCACCUUCUCCCGGUUCCUCAACAUUACCAAAGACCAUUCACGCCACUCCUCCUGUGAUCUCACUACUCACCUCUAGUCUAGUGAUGACCACAGACAUGUUAGGCACAAGCUCAGAAGCUACAACCAGUUCACCUCCAAAUUUGAGCAGUACCUCACAUGAGAUACUGACGACAGACGAAGACACCGCAGCUAUAGAAGCCAUGCAUCCUUUCACAAGCACAGCAGUGACUAAUGUGGAAACCACCAGCUCUGGACAUGGGUCACAAUCCUCUGUCCUAGCUGACUCAGGAAGAACCAAGGCUACAGCCCCAAUGGAUACCACCUCCACCAUGGGGCAUACAACUGUUUCCACAUCAAUGUCUGUUUCCUCUGAGACUACAAAAAUUAAGAGCCAGUCAACAUAUUCCUUGACUCCUGGACUGAGGGAGACCAGCAUCUCCCAAAAUGCCAACUUUUCCACUGACACAAGUAUUGUUCUUUCAGAAGUCCCCACUGGUACUGCUGCUGAGGUCUCCAGGACAGAAGUCACCUCCUCUGGUAGAAUAUCCAUCCCUGGCCCUUCUCAGUCCACAAUGUUGCCAGAAAUAUCCACCAGAACAAUGACAAGGCUCUUUGCCUCGCCUACCAUGACAGAAUCAGCAGAAAUGACCAUCCCCACCCAAACAGGUCCUUCUGGGUCUACAUCACAGGAUACCCUUACCUUGGACACAUCCACCACAAAGUCCCAGGCAAAGACUCAUUCAACUUUGACUCAGAGAUUUCCACACCCAGAGCAGACCACUCUCAUGAGCAGAGGUCCUGGAGAUAUGUCAUGGCAAAGCUCUACCUCUGUGGAAAAACCCAGCUCUCUCCCUUCCCUGCUGUCUUUACCUGCCACAAUCUCACCUCAUCCCGUUUCCUCCACAUUACCAGUGAGUAUCUCCCCCUCUCCUCUUCCUGUGACUUCACUUCUCACCUCUGGCCCGGUGACAACCACAGACAUGUUACGCACAAGCCCAGAACUUGUAACCAGUUCACCUCCAAAGCUGAGCCACACUUCAGGUGAGAGACUGACCACUGGCAAGGACACUACAGAUACAGAAGCUGUGCAUCCUUCCACAAACACAGCAGUUUCCAAUGUGGAGGCUUGCAGCUCUGGACAUGAAUCCCCUUCCUCUACCUUAGCUGACUCAGAGACAUCCAAAACCACAUCACCAAUGUUUAUUACCUCCACACAGGAGGACACAACUGUUAUCAUAUCAACCCCUGACUUCUUGGAGACUAGCAGAAUUCAGAAAGAGUCCAUUUCCUCCCUGAUCCCUAAAUUGAGGGAGACUAGCAGUUCUGUGGAGACCAGCUCAGCCAUGGAGACAAGUGCUGUCCUUUCUGAAGUGCCCACUGGUGCUACUACUGAGGUCUCCAGGACAGAAGUCACCUCCUCUAGCAGAACAUCCACCUCUGGUCCUGCUGAGUCCACAAUGUUGCCAGAAAUAUCCACCACAAGAACAGUCAUUAAGUUCCCUACCUCCCCUAUCAUGGCAGAAUCAUCAGAAAUGACCAUCAAGACCCAAACAAAUCCUCCUGGAUCGACACCAGGGAAUACCCUUACAUUAGACACAUCAACCACACCCUCCUUGGUAAUAACCCACUCGACUAUGACUCAGAGACUGCCACGCUCAGAGAUAACCACUCUUGUGAGUAGAGGUUCUGUAGAAGAAACCAACCCUCCAUCUUUGCAGCUAUCUUUACCUUCCAUGAUCUCACCUUCUUCUGUUUCUUCCACAUUACCAGCAAGUAGCCACUCCUCUUCUGCUUCUGUGACUUCGCUUCUCAUGCCAGGCCAAGUGAAGACUACAGAGGUGUUGGACACAAGCGCAGAACCUGAAACCAGUUCACCUCCAAGUUUGAGCAGCACCUCUGUUGAAAUACUGGCCACCUCUGAAGUCACCACAGAUACAGAGAAAAUUCAUCCUUUCUCAAACACAGCAGUAACCAAAGUGGGAACUUCCAGUUCUGGACGUGAAUCCCCUUCCUCUGUCCUACCUGACUCAGAGACAACCAAAGCCACAUCGCCAAUGGGUACCAUCUCCAUCAUGGAGGAUACAAGUGCUUCCACAUUAACUCCUUCCUUAUCUGACACUAGGAAAAUUCAGACAGAGCCAGCUUCCUCACUGACCACCAGAUUGAGGGAGACCAGCACCUCUGAAGAGACCAGCUCAGCCACAGAGACAAACACUGUUCCUUCUGAAGUGUCCACUGGUGCUACUACUGAGGUCUCCAGGACAGAAGCCAUCUCCUUUAGCAGAACAUCCAUCUCAGGCCCUGAGCAGUCCACAAUGUCACAAAACAUCUCCACAGAAACCAUCACCAGGAUUUCUGCUUCCUCUGUCAUGACAGAAUCUGCCAAAAUGACCAUCACAACCCAAACAGGUCCUCCGGGGUCUACACCAGAAAGUAUCCUUAAUUCGGACACAGCAACCACAUCCUCUUGGGAAGAAACCCACUCUACAGUAACUCAGGGAUUUCCACACCCAGAGAUGACCACUUCCAUGGGCAGAGGUCCUGGAGGUGUGUCAUGGCCUAGCCCUCCCGUUGUGAAAGAAACCAGCCCUCCAUCUUCCCCACUGUCUUUACCUGCUGUGACCUCACCUCAUCCUGUUUCCACCACAUUCCCAGCACAUAUCCCCCACUCUCCCCUUCCUGUGACUUCGCUUCUCACCUCUGGCCUGGUGAUGACCACAGAUAACUUGGGUAAAAGCACAGAACCUGGAACCAGUUCAUCUUCAAGUUUGAGCAGCACCUCCCGUGAGAGACUGACCACUUACAAAGACACUGCACAUACAGAAGCUGUGCAUCCUUCCACAAACACAGGAGGGACCAAUGUGGCGACCACCAGCUCUGGAUAUAAAUCACAAUCCUCUGUCCUAGCUGACUCAGAGACAUCCAAAGCCUCAUCUCCAAUGGGUACCACCUCCACCAUGGGGGAUACAAGUGUUCUCACAUCAACUCCUGCCAUCCUUGAGACUAGAAGGAUUCAGACAGAGCCAACUUCCUCCCCAACCCCUGGAUUGAGGGAGUCCAGUGGCUCUGAAGGGACCAGCUCAGGCACCAAGAUGAGCAUCAUCCUUUCUAAAGUGUCCACUGGUGCUACUACUGAGAUCUCCAAGGAAGACAUCACCUCCAUCCCAGGUCCCACUCCAUCCACAAUAUCACCAGACAUCUCCACAGGAACCAUCAGUUGGUUCUCUACAUCCCCUGUCAUGACAGAAGUAACAGAAAUAACCAUGAACACCCACACAAGUCCUUUAGGGGCCACAACACAAGGCACCAGUACUUUGGACACUUCAAGCAUAACCUCUUUGACAAUGACACACUCAACUCUAUCUCAAGGAUUUUCACACUCACAGAUGAGCACUCUUAGGAAGAGGGGUCCUGAGGAUGUAUCAUGGAUGAGCCCUCCCCUUCUGGAAAAAACUAGCUCUUCUUCUCUGAUGUCUUCACCAGCCACAACUUCACCUUCUCCUGUUUCCUCCACAUUAACAGACAGCAUCUCUUCCUCUCCUCUUCCUGUGACAUCACUCCUUACAUCUGGCCUGGCAAAAACUACAGAUACGUUGCACAAAAGCUCGGAACCUGUAACCAACUCACCUGCAAAUUUAAGCAGCAUCUCAGUUGAAAUACUGGCCACCUCUGAAGUCACCACAGAUACGGAGAAAAUUCAUCCUUCUUCAAACAGAGCAGUGACCGAUGUGGGUACCUCCAGUUCUGGACAUGAAUCCCCUUCCUCUGUCCUAGCUUACUCAAAGACAUUCAACGUCACGUCUCCAAUGGUUAUUACCUCCACCAUGGAGGAUACAAGUGUCUCCACAUCAACUCUUGGCUUUUUUCAGACUAGCAAAAUUCGGACAGAACCAACAUCCUCCCUGACCCUUGGAGUGAGAAAGACCAGCAGCCCUGGGGGGACCAGCUCAGCCACAGAGAUGAGCACUGUCCUUUCUGGAGUGCCUGCUGAUGCCACUGCUGAAGUCUCCAGGACAGAAGUCACCUCCUCUAGCAGAACAUCUGUCUCAGGCCUUGCUCAGCUCACAGUGUCACCAGAGACCUCCACAGAAACCAUCACCAGACUCCCUACUUCUCUUCCUGUGACUUCUUUUCUCACCCCUGGCCUGGUGAUAACCACAGACAGGCUGGGCAUAAGCAGAGAACCUGAAACCAGCUCCACUUCAAAUUUGAGCAGCACCUCCUAUGAGAGACUGUCCACUUUGGAAGACACUGUAGAUACAGAAGCCAUGCAACCUUCCACACACACAGCAGUGACCAACAUAGGGACCUCCAGUUCUGGACAUGAAUCACAAUCUUCUGUCCUAGCUGACACAGAGAUACCCAAAGCCACAUCUUCAAUGGGUACCACCUACACCAUGGGGAAAACGAGUGUUUCCAUAUCCACUUCUGACUUCUUUGAGACCAGCAGAAUUCAGAUAGAACCAACAUCCUCCCUGACUUCUGGAUUGAGGGAGACCAGCAGCUCUGAGAGGAUCAUCUCAACCACGGAGAGAAGCACUGUCCUUUCUGAAGUGCCCAGUGGUGCUACUACUGAGGUCUCCAGGACAGAAGUGAUCUCCUCUAGGGGGACAUCCAUGUCAGGGCCUGAUCAGUCCACCAUGUCUCCAGACAUCUCCACUGAAGCGAUCACCAGGCUUUCUACCUCCCCCAUUAUGACAGAAUCAGCAGAAAGUGCCAUCACUAUUGAGACAGGUUCUCCUGGGGCUACAUCACAGGGUACCCUCACCUUGGACACCUCAACAACAACCUUUUGGUCAGGGACCCACUCAACUGCAUCUCCAGGAUUUUCACACUCAGAGAUGACCACUCUUAUGAGUAGAACUCCUGGAGAUGUGUCAUGGCCAAGCCAUCCCUCUAUGGAAGAAGCCAGCUCUGUGUCUUCCCCACUGUCUUCACCUGCCAUGACCUCGCCUUCUUUUUCCUCUACAUUACCAGAGAGCAUCCCCUCCUCUCCUCAUCCUAUGACUGUACUUCUCACCCCUGGCCCAGUGAAGACCACAGACAUGUUGGGCACAAGCUCGGAACCUGAAACCAGUCCACCUCCAAAUUUGAGCAGCACCUCAGAUGAAAUAUUAGACACCUCUGAAGUCACCAAAGAUACAGAGAAAAUUCAUCUCUCCUCAAACACACCGGUGAUCAAUGUAGGGACUUUGGUUUAUAAACAUCUAUCCCCUUCCUCUGUUUUGGCUGACUUAGUGACAACAAAAGCCACAUCUCCAAUGGCUACCACCUCCACUCUGGGGAAUACCAGUGUUUCCACAUCAACUCCUGCCUUCCCAGAAACUAUGAUGACAAAGCCAACUUCCUCCCUGACCUCUGAAUUAAGGGAGAUCAGUACCUCUCAAGAGAUCAGCUCAACAACAGAAAGAAGUGCUUCUCUUUCUGGAAUGCCCACUGGUGCUACUACUGAGGUCUCCAGAACAGAAGCCAUCUCCUCAAGCAGAACAUCCACCCCAGGUCCUGCUCAAUCCGCAAUGUCACCAGACAUCUCCGCGGAAACCAUCACUAGAAUUUCUACUCCCCUCACCACGACAGAAUCAGCAGAAAUGACCAUCCCCCCCAAAACAGGUCAUUCUGGGGCAUCCUCACAAGGUACCUUUACCUUGAACACAUCAAGCAGAGCCUCCUGGCCAGGAACUCACUCAGCUGCAACUCACAGAUCUCCACACUCAGUGAUGACCACUCCUAUGAGCAGAGGUCCUGAGGAUGUGUCAGGGCCAAGCCCCCCAUCAGUGGAAAAAACUAGCCCCCCAUCUUCCCUGGUGUCUUUAUCUGCAGUAACUUCACCUUCGCUGCUUUAUUCCACAACAUCUGGGAGUAGCCACUCCUCUCCUCUCCGGGUGACUUCUCUUUUCACCCCUGUCGUGAUGAAGACCGCCGACAUGUUGGACACAAGCUUGGAACCUGUGACCACUUCACCUCCCACUAUGAAUAUCACCUCAGAUGAGAGUCUGGCCACUUCUAAAGCCACUAUUGACACAGAGGCAAUUCACGUUUCUGAAAACACAGCUGUGACCCAGGUGGGCACCACCAGAGCUAGACAAGAAUCCUAUUCCUCUUACCCAGGCUUCCCAGAGCCAUCCAAAGUGACAUCUCCAAUGGUCACCUCUUCCACGAUAAAAGACAUUGUUUCUACAACCAUACCUGCUUCCUCUGAGAUAACAAGAACUGAGAUGGAGUCAACAUCCACCCUGACCCCCACACCAAGGGAGACCAGGACCUCCCAGGAGAUCCACUCAGCCACAGAGCCAAGCACUGCUCCUUACAAGGCACUCACUAGUGCCACGAUUGAGUACUCCCGGACACAAGUCACGUCCUCUAGCAGAAGACCUAGCCCUGAUCAGUCCACAAUGUCACCAGACAUCUCCACGGAAGUGAUCACCAGGCUCUCUACCUCCCCCAUCAAGACAGAAUCUACAGAAAUGACCAUUACUGCCCAAACGGGUUCUCCUGGGGCUACAUCACAGGGUACGCUUACCUUGGACACCUCAACAACAACUUUUAUGUCAGGGACCCACUCAACUGCAUCUCAAGGAUUUUCACACUCAGAGAUGACCACUCUUAUGAGUAGAACUCCUGGAGAUGUGCCAUGGCCAAGCCAUCCCUCUGUGGAAGAAAUCAGCUCUGCCUCUUCUUUGCUGUCUUCACCUGCUAUGACCUCACUUUCUCCUGUUUCUUCCACAUUACCAGACAGCAUCCAUUCCUCUUCUCUUCCUGUGACAUCACUUCUCACCUCGGGCCUGGUGAAGACCACAGAGCUGCUGGGCACAAGCUCAGAACCUGAAACCAGUUCACCCCCAAAUCUGAGCAGCACCUCAGCUGAAAUACUGGCCACCACUGAAGUCACCACAGAUACAGAGAAAUUGGAGGUGACCAAUGUGGUAACCUCAGGUUAUACACAUGAAUCUCCUUCCUCUGCCUUAGCUGACUCAGUGACAACAAAAGUCACAUCUUCAGUAGGUAUCACCUACCCUACAGGAGAUACAAAUGUUCUCACAUCAACUCCUGACUUCUCUGACACCAGUAGCAUUCGGACAAAGCCAACGCUUUCACUGACUCCUGGGUUGCUGGAGACCAGCACCUCUGAAGAGACCACCUCUGCCACAGAAACAAACACUGUCCUUUCUAGUGUGCCCACUGGUGCUACUCCUGAGGUCUCCAGGACAGAAGCCAUCUCCUCUAGCAGAACAUCCAUCCCAGGCCCUGCUCAAUCCACAAUGUCACCAGACACCUCCACGGAAACCAUCACUAGAAUUUCUACUCCCCUCACCAGGAAAGAAUCAACAGAAAUGGCCAUCACCCCCAAAACAGGUCCUUCUGGGGCUACCUCACAGGGUACCUUUACCUUGGGCACAUCAAGCACAGCCUCCUGGCCAGGAACUCACUCAGCUGCAACUCAGAGAUUUCCACAGUCAGUGGUGACAACUCCUAUGAGCAGAGGUCCUGAGGACAUGUCAUGGCCAAGCCUCCCAUCUGUGGAAAAAAACAGCUCUCCAUCUUCCCUGGUGUCUUUAUCUACAGUAGCCUCACCUUCGCCGCUUUAUUCCACGCCGUCUGGGAGUAGCCACUCCUCUCCUGUCCCUGUCACUUCUCUUUUCACCUCUGUCAUGAUGAAGACCACAGACAUGUUGGAUGCAAGCUUAGAACCUGAGACCACUUCACCUCCCAGUUUGAAUAUCACCUCAGAUGGGAGUCUGGCCACUUCUAAAGCCACUGUGGAGACAAAGGCAAUUCAGGUUUUUGAAAACACAGCAGCGUCCCAUGUGGAAACCACCAGUGCUAGAGAGGAACUCUAUUCCUCCUCCCGAGGCUUCUCAGAGCCAACCAAAGUGACAUCUCCAAUGGUCACCUCUUCCUCUAUAAGAGACAAUAUUGUUUCCACAACAAUGCCUGUCUCCUCUGGCCUUACAAGGAUUGAGAUAGAGUCAAUGUCAUCUCUGACCCCUGGACUGAGGGAGACCAGAACCUCCCAGGACAUCAUCUCAUCCACAGAGACAAGCACUGUCCUUUACAAGAUGCCCUCUGAUGCCACUCCUGAGGUCUCCAGGACAGAAGUUAUGUCCUCUAGCAGAACAUCCAUUCCUGGCCCUGCUCAGUCCACAAUGUCACCAGACAUCUCCGAUGAAGUUGUCACCAGGCUCUCUACCUCCCCCAUCAUGACAGAAUCUGCAGAAAUAACCAUCACCACCCAAACAGGUUCUUCUCUGGCUACAUCCCAGGUUACCCUUCCCUUGGGCACCUCAACGACCUUUUUGUCAGGGACCCACUCAACUGUGUCUCAAGGACUUUCACACUCAGAGAUGACCAAUCUUAUUAGCAGGGGUCCUGAAAAUCUGUCAUGGACGAGCCCUCGCUUUGUGGAAACAACUAGAUCUUCCUCUUCUCUGACAUCAUUACCUCUCGCGACCUCACUUUCUCCUGUGUCCUCCACAUUACUAGAGAGUAGCCCCUCCUCUCCUCUUCCUGUGACUUCACUUAUCCUCCCAGGCCUGGUGAAGACUACGGAAGUGUUGGACACAAGCUCAGAGCCUAAAACCAGUUCAUCUCCAAAUCUGAGCAGCACCUCAGUUGAAAUACCAGCCACCUCUGAAAUCAUCACAGAUACAGAGAAAAUUCAUCCUACCUCAAACACAGCGGUGACCAAAGUGGGGACCUCCAGUUCUGUUCAUGAAUCUCAUUCCUCUGUCCUAGCUGACUCAGAAACAACCAUGACCACACCUUCAAUGGGUAUCACCUCCCCUGUGGAGGACACCACUGUUUUCACAUCAAUUCCUGCCUUCUCUGACACUAGGAGGAUUCCGACAGAGCCCACAUUCUCACUGACUCCUGGAUUCAGGGAGACUAGCACCUCUGAAGAGACCAGCUCAAUCACAGAAACAAGUGCAGUCCUUUUUGGAGUGCCCACUAGUGCUACUACUGAGGUCUCUGUGACAGAAAUCAUGUCCUCUAACAGAACACACAUCCCUGACCCUGAUCAGUCCACAAUGUCUCCAGACAUCAUCACUGAAGUGAUCACCAGGCUCUCUUCCUCAUCCAUGAUGUCAGAAUCAACAGAAAUGACCAUCACCACCCAAACAAGUUCUCCUGGGGCUACAACACAGAGUACCCUUACCUUGGCCACAACAACAGCACCCUUGGCAAAGACCCAUUCAACUGUUCCUCCAAGAUUUUUACACUCAGAGAUGACAACUCUUAUGAGCAGGAGUCCUGAAAAUCCAUCAUGGAAGAGCUCUCCCUUUGUGGAAAAAACUAGCUCUUCCUCUUCUCUGUUGUCCUUACCUGUCAAGACGUCACCUUCUGUUUCUUCCACAUUACUACAGGGUAUCUCUUCCUCUUCUUUUCCUGUGACUUCGCUCCUCACCCCAGGCAUGGUGAAGACUACAGACAUAAGCACAGAACCUGGAACCAGUUUAUCUCCAAAUCUGAGCAGCACCUCAGUUGAAAUACUGGCUGCCUCUGAAGUCACCACAGAUACAGAGAAAAUUCACCCUUCUUCAAGCAUGGCAGUGACCAAUGUGGGAACCACUAAUUCUGGACAUGAACUAUAUUCCUCUGUUUCAAUCCACUUGGAGCCAUCCAAGGCUACAUACCCAGUGGGUACUUCCUCUUCCAUGGCCGAAACCACUAUUUCCACAUCAACGCCUGCCAAUAUUGAGACCACAAGAUCUGAGGCAGAGCCAUUUUCUCAUUUGACUUCUGCAUUUAGGAAGACUAACACGUCCCUGGACACCAGCUCAGUCACACCAACAAAUACACCUUCUUCUCCUAGGUCUACUCAUCUUUUACAGAGUUCCAAGACUGAUUUCACCUCUUCUGUGAAAACAUCAUCCCCAGACCGGCCUCCAGCCUCACAGUAUACUGAAAUUCCAGUGGACAUAAUCACCCCCUUUAAUGCUUCUCCAUCUAUUAUGGAGUCCACUGGAGUAACCUCCUUCCCAGAAUCCAAGUUUACUAUGUCUGUAACAGAAAGUACUCAUCAUCUGAGUACAGAUUUGCUGCCUUCAGCUGAGACUAUUUCCACUGGCACAGUGAUGCCUUCUCUAUCAGAGGCUGUGACUUCAUUUGCCACCACUGGAGUUCCACGAGUCAUCUCGGGUUCAGGUAGUCCAUUCUCUAGGACAAAGUCAGGCCCUGGGGAUGCUACUCUGUCCACCAUUGCAGAGAGCCUGCCUUCAUCCACUCCUGUGCCAUUCUCCUCUUCAACCUUCACUGCCACUGAUUCUUCAACCAUCCCAGCCCUCCAUGGGAUAACUUCCUCUUCAGCUACUCCACACAGAGUGGACACCAGUCUUGGGACAGAGAGCAGCACUACUGAAGGACACUUCGUUAUGGUCAGUACUUUGGACACUUCGAGCCAACCAGCCAGGACAUCUUCAUCACCCAUUUUGGAUACCAGAAUAACAGAGAGCGCUGAGCUGGGAACAGUGACAAGUGCUUAUCAAGUUCCUUCACUCUCAACACGGUUGACAAGAACUGAUGGCAUUAUGGAGCACAUCACAAAAAUACCCAGUGAAGCAGCACACAGAGGUACCAUAAGACCAGUCAAAGGUCCUCAGACAUCCACAUUGCCUGCCAGUCCUAAAGGACUACACACGGGAGGGACAAAAAGAAUGGAGACCACCACCACAGCUCCGAAGACCACUUCCAGAGCCAUCUUGAUCACCAGUGUCUAUACUUCCACUUUGGGAACACUGACUCCCCUCAAUGCAUCAGUGCAAAUGGCCAGCACAAGCACCACAGAAAUGACGAUCACAACCCCAUAUGUUUCCCCUGAUGUUCCAGAAAUGACAUCCUCAUUGGCUACCAGCCUGGGAGCAGAAACCAGCACAGCUCUUCCCAGGACAACCCCAUCUGUUUUCAAUAGAGAAUCAAAGACCACAGCCUCACUGGUCCCUAGUUCUGAGGCAGAAACAAGUCCAGCUAUUCAAACUCUAGAUGUUUCUUCUAGUGAGCCAGAUACAACAGCUUCAUGGGUUAUCCAUCCUGCAGAGACCAUCCCAACUGUUUCCAAGACAACCCCCAGUUUUUCCCACAGUGAAUCACACACUGUAUCUUCCACAGCCACCAGUCAUGGGGCAGAAGUCAGCUCAGCCAUUCCAACAAAUAUCUCACCCAGUGAACCAGAUGCACUGACCCCACUGGUCACUAUUUCUGGGACAGAUGCUAGUACAACGUUCCCAACACUGACUAAGUCCCCACAUGAAACACAGACAAGAACCACAUGGCUCACUCAUCCUGCAGAGACCAGCUCAACCACUCCCAGAACAAUCCCCAAUUUUUCCCAUCGUGAAUCAGAUGCCACACCUUCAGUGGCCACCAGUCCUGGGGCAGAAACCAGUUCAGCUAUUCCAACUAUGACUGUCUCACCUGGUGCAGCAGAUCUGGUGACCUCACAGGUCACUAGUUCUGGAACAGACCGAAAUAUGACUAUUCCAACUUUGACUCUUUCUUCUGGUGAACCAAAGACCACAGGCUCAUUAGUCACCCAUCCUGAAGCACAGACAAGUUCAGCCAUUCCAACUUCAACUAUCUCGCCUGGUGUAUCACGGAUGGUGACCUCAAUGGUCACCAGUUUGGCGGCAGAGACAAGUACAACUAAUCCAGCUCUGACAAGCUCCCCUGGUGAACCAGCUACCACAGAUUCAUUGGUCACGCAUCCUGCACAGACCAGCCCAACAGUUCCCUGGACAACUUCCAUUUUUUUCCAUAGUAAAUCAGACACCAUCCCUUCAAUAGCCACCAGUCAUGGGGCACAAUCCAGUUCAGCUGUCCCAACUCCAACUGUUUCACCUGGAGUACCAGGAGUGGUGACCCCUGUGGUCACUAGUUCUAUGACAGUGACAGGUACAACUACUCCAAUUCUGACUCUUUCUGCUGGUGAACCAGAGACCACACCUUCAAUGGCCACCAGUCAUGAGGCAGAAGCCAGCUCAGCUGUUCCAACUGUUUCACCUGGGGUACCAGGAGUGGUGACCUCUCUAGUCACUAGUUCUAAGUCAGUGACCAGUACAACUAUUCCAAUUCUGACUCUUUCUCCUGGUGAACCAGAGACCACACCUUCAACGGCCACCAGUUAUAGGGCAGAAGGGGCAGAAGCCAGCUCUGCUGUUCCAACUCCAACUGUUUCACCUGGGGUACCAGGAGGGGUGACCUCUCUGGUCACUAGUUCUAGGGCAGUGACCAGUACAACUAUUCCAACUCUGACUCUUUUUUCUGGUGAACCAGAGACCACGCCUUCAAUGGCCACCAGUCAUGAGGCAGAAGCCAGCUCAGCUGUUCCAACUGUUUCACCUGGGGUACCAGGAGUGGUGACCUCUCUGGUCACUAGUUCUAGAGCAGUGACCAGUUCAACUAUUCCAACUCUGACUCUUUCUCCUGGUGAACCAGAGACCACACCUUCAACGGCUACCAGUCAUGAGGCAGAAGCCAGCUCAGCUGUUCCAACUGUUUCACCUGGGGUACCAGGAGUGGUGACUCCUUUGGUCACUAGUUCUAGGGCAGUGACCAGUACAACUAUUCCAACUCUGACUCUUUCUCCUGGUGAACCAGAGACCACACCUUUAAUGGCCACCAGUCAAAAGGCAGAAGCCAGCUCUGCUGUUCCAAUUCCAACUGUUUCACCUGGGGUACCAGAAGUGGUGACCCCUUUGGUCACUAGUUCUAGGGCAGUGACAGGUACAACUAUUCCAAUUCUGACUCUUUCUCCUGGUGAACCAGAGACCACGCCUUCAAUGGCCACCAAAAGGGCAGAAGCCAGCUCAACUGUUCCAACUGUUUUACCUGGGGUACCAGGAGUGGUGACCUCUCUAGUCACUAGUUCUAGUGCAGUAGCCAGUACAACUAUUCCAACUCUGGCUAUUUCUUCUAGUGAACCAGAGACCACAACUUCAUUAGUCACUCAUUCUGAGGCAAAGACAAUUUCAGCCAUUCCAACUUUAGCUGUCUCCCCUACUGAACAAGGGCUGGUGACUUCACUGGUCCCUAGUUCUGGGUCAGAGACCAGUGCAUUUCCAAAUCUAACUGUUGUCUCAGGUCAACCAGAGACCACAGCCUCAUGGAUCACUCAUUUCGGGACAGAAACAAACUCUGUUGUUCCAACUUUGACUGUCUCCACUGGGGAGCCAUUUACAAAAAUCUCAUUUGUCACCCAUCCUGCAGAGAGUAGCUCAACUGUUCCCAGGACAACCUCAAGCUUUUCCCAUAGUGAAUCAGACACUAUGCCUUCCACAGUCACCAGUCCUGAGGCAGAAUCCAGCUCAGCCAUUUCAACAACUAUUUCACCUGGUAUACCAGGUGUGCUGACUUCCCUGGUCACUAGCUCUGGGACAGACAUCAGUGCAACUUUUCCAACAGUGCCUGAGUCCCCACAUGAAUCAGAGGCAACAGCCUCAUGGGUUACUCAUCCUGCAGUCACCAGCACAACAGUUCCCAGGACAACCCCUAAUUUUUCUCAUAGUGAACCAGACACCACACCCUCAAUAGCCACCAGUCCCAGGGCAGAAGUCAGUUCAGCUUUUCCAACAAUAACUGCCUCAUCUGAUGUACCAGAUAUGGUGACCUCACAGGUCACUAGUUCUGGGACAGACACCGGUAUAACUAUUCCAGCUCUGACUCUUUCUCCUGAUGAACAAGAGACCACAACCUCAUUUAUCACCUAUUCUGAGACACACACAAGUUCAGCCAUUCCAACUCUGACUGUCUCCCCUGGUGCAUCAAAGAUGCUGACCUCACUGGUCACUAGUUCUGGGACAGACAGCACUACAACUUUCCGAACACUGACGGAGACCCCAUAUGAACCAGAGACAACAGCCACACAGCACAUUCAUCCUGCAGAGACCAACACAAUGGUUUCCAGGACAACCCCCAAGUUUUCCCAUAGUGAGUCAGACACCACACUCCCAGUAGCCAUCACCAGUCCUGGGCCAGAAGCCAGUUCAGCUGUUUCAACGACAACUAUCUCACCUGAUAUGUCAGAUCUGGUGACCUCACUGGUCCCUAGUUCUGGGACAGACACCAGUACAACCUUCCCAACAUUGAGUGAGACCCCAUAUGAACCAGUGACUACAGCCACAUGGCUCACUCAUCCUGCAGAGACCAGCACAAAGGUUUCUAGGACAAUUCCCAACUUUUUCCAUAGGGGAUCAGACAGUACACCCUCAAUGGUCACCAGUCCUGGAGUAGACGCCAGGUCAGCUGUUCCAAUUACAACCAUCCCAUCCAGUAUACCAGAGGUAGUGACGUCACAGGUCACUAGUUCUGCAACAGACACUAGUACAGCUAUUCCAACUUUGACUCCUUCUCUUGGUGAACCAGAGACCACAGCCUCAUUGGCUGCCCAUCCUGGGACACAGACUGGCUUCACUGUUCCAAUUCGGACUGUUCCCUCUAGUGAGCCAGGUACAACAGCUUCCUGGGUCACUCAUUCUGCACAGGUCAGCACACCUGUUUUGAGAACAACCCCCAGUUUUUCCCAUAGUAGACCAGAUGCCACACCUUUAAUGGCCACCAGUCCUGGGACAGAAGUCAGUUCAGCUGUGCUGACAACAAUCUCACCUGGUGCACCAGAGAUGGUGACUUCACAGAUCACUAGUUCUGGGGCAGCAACUAGUACAACUAUUCCAACUUUGACUCAUUCUCCUGUUAUGCCAGAGACCACAACCUUAUUGAUCACCCAUCCCAGCACAGAGACAAGUACAACGUUUCCUGCUUCAACUGUGUUUCCUCAAGUAUCAGGGACCACAGCCUCACUCUCCAUUAGACCUGGCACAGAGACUAGCACAGCUCUCUCAACUCAGACAACAUCCUCUCUCUUCACCCUACUUGUAACUGGAACUGGCAGAGUUGAUCUAAAUCCAACUGCUUCACCUGGUGUUUCUGCAAAAACAGCCUCACUUUCCACCCAUCCAGGGACAGAAACCAGCACAAUGAUUCCAACUUCAACUCUUUCCCUUGGUUUAUUAGAGACUACAGGCUCACUAGCCACCAGCUCUUCAGUAGAGACCAGCACCGGUACUCUAACUCUGACUGUUUCCCCUGCUGUCUCUGGGCUUCCCAGUGCCUCCAUAACAACUGGUAAGCCCCAAACUGUGACCUUCUGGAACACAAAAACCUCACCAUCUGUAACUUCAGCUGGACCCCCAGAAUUUUCCGGGACUGUCACAGGCACCCCUAUGACCUUGAUACCAUCAGAGACGCCAACACCACCUAAACCCAGUCAUAGAGAAGGAGUGAGUCCAACCACUAUCUUGAGAACUACGGUGGUUGAAACCACUAAUUUAGCUGCCACAGGUUCCAGUCCCACUGUGGCCAAGACCACAACCACCUUCAAUACACUGGCUGGAAGCUCCUUUGCUCCUCUGACCACACCUGGGAUGUCCACCUUGGUCUCUGAGAGUGUGACCUCAAGAGCAACUGGCAUGCCUUUGUUGAUGCCUUUGACUGUCAACUUCACCAUCACCAACCUGCAGUACACGAAGGACAUGGGGCGCCUGGGCUCUGAAAUAUUCAAUGCCACCGAGAGGGCCCUGCAGCAGCUGCUCGAGCCCUUGUUCCAGAACAGCAGUAUUGGUUCCCUCUAUGCUGGCUGCAGGCUGACCUCGCUCAGGGCUGAAAAGGACGGGACAAGCACCAGAGUGGAUGCCAUCUGCACCUACCGCUCAGAUCCCACCAGCUAUGAGCUGGACAGAGAGCAGCUGUACUGGGAGCUGAGCCAGUUGACUCACGGUGUCACCCUGCUGGGACCCUACACUCUUAACAGGAACAGCCUCUAUGUCAAUGGUUAUAACCAUCGGUACCAGACCCCUGCCACCAGCACUCCAGUGACUUCUACAUUCUCCCCAGGGAUUUCCACAUCCUCCAUCCCCAGCUCCACAGCAGCCACAGUCCCAUUCGUGGUGCCAUUCACCCUCAACUUCACCAUCACCAACCUGCAGUACGUGGAGGACAUGCGGCACCCUGGUUCCAGGAAGUUCAACGCCACAGAGAGAGUCCUGCAGGGUCUGCUCAAACCCUUGUUCAGGAAUAGCAGUCUGGAAUACCUCUAUUCAGGCUGCAGACUAGCCUCACUCAGGCCAGAGAAGGACGGAUCAGCCACAGCAGUGGAUGCCAUCUGCACACAUCGCCCUGACCCUGAAGGCCUCGGACUGGACAGAGAGCGACUGUACUGGGAGCUGAGCAACCUGACCAAUGGCAUCCAGGAGCUGGGCCCCUACACCCUGGACCGGAACAGUCUCUAUGUCAACGGUUUCACCCAUCGAAGCUCUAUGUCCGCCACCAGCACUUCUGGGACCUCCACAGUGGAUGUGGGAACCUCAGGGACUCUAUCCUCCAGCCCCAGCCCCACGACUGCUGGCCCUCUCCUGGUGCCGUUCACCCUCAACUUCACCAUCACCAACCUGCAGUACGAGGAGGACAUGCGUCGCCCUGGCUCCAGGAAGUUCAACACCACAGAGAGGGUCCUGCAGGGUCUGCUCAGGCCCUUGUUCAAGAACACCAGUGUCAGCCCUCUGUACUCUGACUGCAGACUGACCUUGCUCAGACCCGAGAAGGAUGGGGCAGCCACUGGAGUGGAUGCCAUCUGCACCCACCGCCUUGACCCCAAAAGCCCUGGACUCAACAGGGAGCAGCUGUACUGGGAGCUAAGCAAGCUGACCAAUGGCAUUGAUGAGCUGGGCCCCUACACCCUGGACAGGAACAGUCUCUAUGUCAAUGGUUUCACCCAUCGGAGCUCUGUGUCCACCACCAGCACUCCUGGGACCUCCAUAGUGGAUUUUGGAACCUCAGGGACUCCAUCCUCCCUCUCCAGCCCCACGAUCAUUGGCCCUCUCCUGGUGCCGUUCACCCUCAACUUCACUAUCACCAACCUACAGUACGAGGAGGACAUGCAUCACCCUGGCUCCAGGAAGUUCAACACCACAGAGAGGGUCCUGCAGGGUCUGCUUGGCCCUGUAUUCAAGAACACUAGUGUUGGCCCUGUGUACUCUGGCUGCAGACUGACCUCUCUCAGGUCCGAGAAGGAUGGAGCAGCCACUGGAGUGGAUGCCAUCUGCACCCACCAUCUUGACCCCAAAAGCCCUGGACUCAACAGAGAGCAGCUGUACUGGGACCUGAGCCAACUGACCAAUGGAAUCAAAGAGCUGGGCCCCUACACCCUGGACAGUAACAGUCUCUAUGUCAAUGGUUUCACCCAUCGGACCUCUGUGUCCACCACCAGCACUCCUGGGACCUCCACAGUGGCCUUUGGAACCUCAGGGACUCCAUCCUUCCUCCCAAGCCCCACAGCUGCUGGCCCUCUCCUGGUGCCUUUCACCCUCAACUUCACCAUCACCAACCUAAAGUAUGAGGAGGACAUGCGUCACCCUGGUUCCAGGAAGUUCAACACCACAGAGAGGGUCUUGCAGAAUCUGCUUGGUCCCAUGUUGAAGAACACCAGUGUUGGCCCUCUGUACUCUGGCUGCAGACUGACCUUGCUCAGGUCCGAGAAGGAUGGAGCAGCCACUGGAGUGGAUGCCAUCUGCACCCACCGUCUUGACCCCAGAAGCCCUGGAGUGGACAGGGAGCAGCUGUACUGGGAACUGAGCCACUUGACCCAUGGCAUCAAAGAGCUGGGGCCCUACACCCUGGACAGGAACAGCCUCUAUGUCAAUGGUUUCACCUAUCGGACUUCUGUGCCCACCACCAGCACUCCUGGUACCUCCACAGUGGACCUUGGGACCUCAGGGACUCCAUCCUCCGUCCCCAGCCCCACAACUGCUGGCCCUCUCCUGGUGCCGUUCACCCUCAACUUCACCAUCACCAACCUGAAGUACGAGGAGGAAAUGCGUCGCCCUGGCUCCAGGAAGUUCAACACCACGGAGAGGGUCCUUCAGAGUCUGCUUGGUCCCAUGUUCAAGAACACCAGUGUUGGCCCUCUGUACUCUGGCUGCAGACUGACUUUGCUCAGGUCCGAGAAGGAUGGAGCAGCCACUGGAGUGGAUGCCAUCUGCACCCACCGUCUUGACCGAGUGGACAGGGAGCAGCUGUACUGGGAACUGAGCCACUUGACCCAUGGCAUCAAAGAGCUGGGCCCCUACACUCUGGACAUGAACAGCCUCUAUGUCAAUGGUUUCACCCAUCGGACAUCUGUGCCCACCACCAGCACUCCUGGGACCUCCACAGUGGACCUUGGGACUUCAGAGACUCCAUCUUCCCUCACCAGCCCCACAAAUGAUAAUGAUGAUGUGUUGAGUGUGCUGACGAUUAUGUUUGUGGUGGUCAUGAUGGGGAUGAUCAUGGUGAUGAUGAUAAUGAUGGUGAUGAUGACAAUGAUAGCAACAAUGAUGAUGGCCAUAACAAAGAUAACAGAUAACAUCAGGUCCGAGAAGGAUGGAGCAGCCACUGGAGUGGAUGCCAUCUGCACCCACCGUCUUGACCCCAAAAGCCCUGGAGUGGACAGGGAGCAGCUGUACUGGGAACUGAGCCACUUGACCCAUGGCAUCAAAGAGCUGGGCCCCUACACUCUGGACAUGAACAGCCUCUAUGUCAAUGGUUUCCCAUCGGACAUCUGUGCCCACCACCAGCACUCCUGGGACCUCCACAGUGGACCUUGGGACUUCAGAGACUCCAUCCUCCCUCACCAGCCCCACAACUGCUGGCCCUUCCUGGUGCCGUUCACCCUCAACUUCACCAUCACCAACCUGAAGUACGAGGAGGAAAUGCGUCGCCCUGGCUCCAGGAAGUUCAACACCAUGGAGAGGGUCCUUCAGAGUCUGCUUGGUCCCAUGUUGAAGAACACCUGUGUUGGCCCUCUGUACUCUGGCUGCAGACUGACUUUGCUCAGGUCCGAGAAGGAUGGAGCAGCCACUGGAGUGGAUGCCAUCUGCACCCACCAUCUUGACCCCAAAAGUCCUGGAGUGGACAGGGAGCAGCUGUAUUGGGAGCUGAGCCAGCUGACCCAUGGCAUCAAAGAGCUGGGCCCCUACACCCUGGACAGGAACAGUUUGUAUGUCAAUGGUUUCACCCAUCGGACCUCUGUGCCCACCACCAACACUCCUGGGACCUCCACUGUGGAACUUGGGACCUUAGGGACUCCAUCCUCCCUCCCCAGCCCUACAUCUGCUGGCCCUCUCCUGGUUCCAUUCACCCUCAACUUCACCAUCACCAACCUGCAGUACGAGGAGGACAUGCAUCACCCAGGGUCCAGGAAGUUCAACACCACAGAGAGGGUCCUGCAGGGUCUGCUUGGUCCCGUGUUCAACAACACCAGUGUCGGCCCUCUGUACUCUGGCUGCAGACUGACCUUGCUCAGGCCUGAGAAGAAUGGGGCAGCCACUGGAGUGGAUGCCAUCUGCACCCACCGUCUUGACCCCAAAAGCCCUGGACUCAACAGAGAGCAGCUGUACUGGGAGCUGAGCCAGCUGACCCAUGGCAUCAAAGAGCUGGGCCCCUACACCCUGGACAGGAACAGUCUCUAUGUCAAUGGUUUCACCCAUUGGAGCUCUGUGGCCCCCACCAGCACUCCUGGGACUUCCACAGUGGAGCUUGGAACCUCAGGGACUCCAUCCUUCCUCCUCAGCCCCACAGCAGCUGUUCCUCUCCUGGUGCCGUUCACCCUCAACUUCACCAUCACCAAUCUGCAGUAUGGGGAGGACAUGCAUCACCCUGGCUCCAGGAAGUUCAACACCACAGAGAGGGUCCUGCAGGGUCUGCUUGGUCCGUUGUUCAAGAACUCCAGUGUCGGCCCUCUGUACUCUGGCUGCAGACUGAUCUCCCUCAGGUCUGAGAAGGAUGGGGCAGCCACUGGAGUGGAUGCCAUCUGUACCCACCGCCUUACCCCUCAAAGCCCUGGACUGGACAGGGAGCAGCUGUACUGGGAGCUGAGCCAGAUGACCAAUGGCAUCAAAGAGCUGGGCCCCUACACCCUGGACAGGAACAGUCUCUAUGUCAAUGGUUUCACCUAUCGGAGCUCUGUGCCCACCACCAGCACUCCUUGGACUUCCACAGUGGACCUUGGAAUCUCAGGGACACCAUCCCCCGUCCCCAGCCCCACAACUGCUGGCCCUCUCCUGGUGCCGUUCACCCUCAACUUCACCAUCACCAACCUGCAGUAUGAGGAGGACAUGCAUCGCCCUGGAUCAAGGAAGUUCAACACCACAGAGAGGGUCCUGCAGGGUCUGCUGAGUCCCAUAUUCAAGAACUCCAGUGUUGGCCCUCUGUACUCUGGCUGCAGACUGACUUCUCUCAGGACUGAGAAGGAUGGAGCAGCCACUGGAGUGGACGCUGUCUGCCUCUACCACCCUGAUCCCAAAAGACCUGGGCUGGACAGAGAGCAGCUCUACUGGGAGCUGAGCCAACUGACCCACAGCAUCACUGAACUGGGCCCCUACACCCUGGACAGAGACAGUCUGUAUGUCAAUGGUUUCACCCAUCGGAAAUCUGUGCCCACUACCAGUACUCCUGGGACCCCCACAGUGUACCUGGCAACCUCUGGGACUCCAUCCUCCCUCUCCAGCCACACAGCCGCUGGCCCUCUCCUGAUAUCAUUCACCCUCAACUUUACCAUCACUAACUUGCAUUAUGAGGAAAACAUGCAACACCCUGGCUCCAGAAAGUUCAACACCACGGAGAGGGUUCUGCAGGGUCUGCUCAAGCCCUUGUUCAAGAGCACCAGUGUCGGCCCUCUGUACUCUGGCUGCAGACUGACCUUGCUCAGACCUGAGAAGGAUGGGACAACCACUGGAGUGGACGCCAUCUGCACCCACCGCUUUGAUCCCACCAGCCCUGGACUGGACAGAGAGCGGCUAUACUGGGAGUUGAGCCAGCUGACCAACAGCAUCACGGAGCUGGGCCCCUACACCCUGGACAGAGACAGUCUCUAUGUCAAUGGCUUCACCCAUCAGAGCUCUGUGCCAACCACCAGAAUUCCUGGGACCUCUGCAGUGCACUUGGAAACCUCUGGGACUCCAGCCUCCCUCCCUGGCCACACAGUGCCUGGUCCUCUCUUCCUGCCAUUCACCCUCAACUUCACCAUCACCAACUUGCAGUAUGAGGAGGCCAUGCGACACCCUGGCUCCAGGAAGUUCAACACCACGGAGAGGGUCCUACAGGGUCUGCUGGGGCCCUUGUUCAAGAAUACCAGUGUCAGCCCUUUGUACUCCAGCUGCAGACUGACCUUGCUCAGGCCAGAGAAGGACAAGGCAGCCACCAGAGUGGAUGCCAUCUGUACCUACCGCCCUGACCCUCAAAGCCCUGGACUGGACAGAGAGCAACUGUACUGGGAGCUGAGCCAGUUGACCCAUGGCAUCACUGAGCUGGGCCCCUACACCCUGGACAGGGACAGUCUCUAUGUCAAUGGUUUCACUCAUUGGAGCUCCAUACCAACCACCAACACUCCUGGGACCUCCACAGUGAACCUGGGAACCUCUGGGAUCCUGUCUUCCCUCCCUGAAACUACAGCCACCAGCCCUCUCCUGGUGCCAUUCACACUCAACUUCACCAUCACUAACCUACAGUAUGAGGAGAACAUGGGUCACCCUGGCUCCAGGAAGUUCAACACCACGGAGAGGGUUCUGCAGGGUCUGCUCAAGCACUUGUUCAAGAGCACGGAUGUUGGCCCUCUGUAUUCUGGCUGCAGACUGACCUUGCUCAGGCCUGAGAAGGAUGGAGCAGCCACCAGAGUGGACGCCAUCUGUACCCACCACCCUGACCCCAAAAUCCCUGGGCUAGACAGAGAGCGGCUAUACUGGGAGCUGAGCCAGCUGACCCACAGUAUCACUGAGCUGGGCCCCUACACCCUGGACAGGGAUAGUCUCUAUGUCAAUGGUUUCACCCAGCGGAGCUCUGUUUCUGCCACCAGCACUCCUGGGACUUUCACAGUACAGCUGGAAACCUCUGAGACUCCAUCAUCCCUCCCUGGCCCCACAGGCACUGGCCCUCUCCUGCUGCCAUUCACCCUCAAUUUUACCAUCAAUAACCUGUGGUAUGAGGAGGACAUGGGUCGCCCUGGCUCCAGGAAGUUCAACACCACGGAGAGGGUCCUUCAGGGUCUGCUUAGGCCCUUGUUCAAGAACACCAGUGUUGGCGCUCUGUACUCUGGUUGCAGACUGACCUUGCUCAGGCCUGAGAAGGAUGGGGCAGCCACCAGAGUGGAUGCUGUCUGCACCCACCGUCCUGACCCCCAAAGCCCUGGACUGGACAGAGAGCGGCUGUACUGGAAGCUGAGCCAGCUGACCCACGGCAUCACUGAGCUGGGCCCCUACACCCUGGACAGACACAGUCUCUAUGUCAAUGGUUUCACCCAUCAGAGCUCCAUGAUGACCACCAGAACUCCUGAUACCUCCACAAUGCACCUGGGAACCUCGAGAACUCCAGCCUCCCUGUCUGGACCCACGACCGUCAGCCCUCUCCUGGUGCUAUUCACACUUAACUUCACCAUCACUAACCUGUGGUAUGAGGAGAGCAUGCAUCACCCUGGCUCUGGAAAGUUUAACACCACAGAGAGAGUCCUUCAGGGUCUGCUCAGGCCUUUGUUCAAGAACACCAGUGUUGGCCCUCUGUACUCUGGCUGCAGACUGACCUUACUCAGGCCCAAGAAGGAUGGGGCAGCCACCAAAGUGGAUGCCAUCUGCACCUACCGCCCUGACCCCAAAAGCCCUGGACUGGACAGAGAGCAGCUAUACUGGGAACUGAGCCAGCUGACCCAUGGCAUCACUGAGCUGGGCCCCUACACCCUGGACAGGGACAGUCUCUAUGUCAAUGGUUUCACACAAUGGAGCUCUGUACCCACCACCAGCACUGCCAGCCCUCUCCUGGUGCCGUUCACUCUCAACUUCACCAUCACCAACCUGCGGUAUGAGGAGAACAUGCAGCACCCUGGCUCCAGGAAGUUCAACACCACAGAGAGGGUCCUUCAGGGCCUGCUCAGGCCCCUGUUCAAGAGCACCAGUGUUGGCCCUCUGUACUCUGGCUGCAGACUGACCUUGCUCAGGCCUGAGAAGGAUGGGGCAGCCACUGGAGUGGACGCCAUCUGCACCCACCACCCUGACCCCAAAAGCCCUAGGCUGGACAGAGAGCAGUUGUAUUGGGAACUGAGCCAGCUGACCCACAGCAUCACUGAGCUGGGCCCCUAUGCCUUGGACAACGACAGCCUCUUUGUCAAUGGUUUCACCCAUCGGAGCUCUGUGCCCACCACCAGCACUCCUGGGAUCCCCACAGUGUAUCUGGGAGCAUCUAGGACUCCAACCUCGCUACUUGGCCCUUCAGCUGCCAGCCAUCUCCUGAUAUUAUUCACCCUCAACUUCACCAUCACUAACCUGCAGUAUGAGGAGAACAUGUGGCCUGGCUCCAGGAAGUUCAACACUACAGAGAGGGUCCUUCAGGGUCUGCUAAGGCCCUUGUUCAAGAACACCAGUGUUGGCCCUCUGUACUCUGGCUGCAGGCUGACCUUGCUCAGGCCACAGAAGGAUGGGGAAGCCACCGGAGUGGAUGUCAUCUGCACCCACCGCCCUGACCCCACAGGCCCUGGGCUGGACAGAGAGCAGCUGUAUUUGGAGCUGAGCCAGCUGACCCACAGCAUCACUGAGCUGGGCCCCUACACCCUGGACAGGGACAGUCUCUAUGUCAAUGGUUUCACCCAUCGGAGCUCUGUGCCCACCACCAGCACCGGGGUGGUCAGCGAGGAGCCCUUCACACUGAACUUCACCAUCAACAACCUGCGCUACAUGGCGGACAUGGGUCAACCCGGCUCCCUCAAGUUCAACAUCACAGACAAUGUCAUGCAGCACCUGCUCAGCCCUUUGUUCCAGAGGAGCAGCGUGGGUGCACGGUACACAGGCUGCAGGGUCAUUGCACUAAGGUCUGUGAAGAACGGCGUUAAGACACAGGUGGACAUCCUCUGCACCUACCUGCAGCCCCUCAAUGGCCCAGGUCUGCCUAUCAAGCAGGUGUUCCAUGAGCUGAGCCAGCAGACCCACGGCAUCACCCGGCUGGGCCCCUACUUUCUGGACAAAGACAGCCUCUACCUUAACGGUUACAAUGAACCUGGUCCAGAUGAGCCUCCUACAACUCCCAAGCCAGCCACCACAUUCCUGCCUCCUCUGUCAGAAGCCACAACAGCCAUGGGCUACCACCUGAAGACCCUCACACUCAACUUCACCAUCUCCAAUCUCCAGUAUUCACCAGACAUGGGCAAUGGCUCAGCUGCCUUCAACUCCACCGAGAGGGUCCUGAAGCACCUGCUCAGAGCCUUGUUCCAGAAGAGCAGCAUGGUCCCCUUCUACUUGGGUUGCCAACUGAUCUCCCUCAGGCCUGAGAAGAAUGGAGCAGCCACUGGCGUGGACACCACCUGCACCUACCACACUGACCCUGUGGGCCCUGGGCUGGACAUACAGCAGCUUUACUGGGAGCUGAGUCAGCUGACCCAUGGUGUCACCCAACUGGGCUUCUAUGUCCUGGACAGGGAUAGCCUCUUCAUCAACGGCUAUGCACCCCAGAAUUUAUCAAUCCGGGGCAAGUACCAGAUACAUUUCCAUAUUGUCAACUGGAACCUCAGUAAUCCAGACCCCACGUCCUCAGAGUACAUCGCCCUGCUGAGGGACAUCCAGGACAAGGUCAUCACACUCUACAAAGGCAGCCAACUACACGACACGUUCCGCUACUGCCUGGUCACCAACUUGACGAUGGACUCCAUGUUGGUCACUGUCAAGGCAUUGUUCUCCUCCGAUCUGGACCCCAGCCUGGUGGAGCAAGUCUUUCUGGAUAAGACCCUGAAUGCCUCAUCCCAUUGGCUGGGCUCCACCUACCAGCUGGUGGACAUCCAUGUGACAGAAAUGGAGCCAUCAGUUUAUCAACCAACAAAACCAACAAGCAGUUCCAGCACCCAGCACUUCUACCUGAAUUUCACCAUCACCAACCUACCAUAUUCCCAGGACAUAUCCCAGCCAAGCACCACCAAUUACCAGAGGAACAAAAGGAAUAUUGAGGACGCGCUCAACCAACUCUUCCGAAAUAGCAGCAUCAAGAGCUAUUUUUCUGACUGUCAAGUUUCAACAUUCAGGUCUGUCCCCAACAGCCACCACACGGGGGUGGAUUCCCUGUGUAACUUCUCGCCACUGGCUCGGAGAGUAGACAGAGUUGCCAUCUAUGAGGAAUUCCUGCGGAUGACCCGGAAUGGUAGCCAGCUGCAGAACUUCACCCUGGACAGGAGCAGUGUCCUUGUGGAUGGGUAUUCUCCCAACAGAAAUGAUCCCUUAACUGGGAAUUCUGACCUUCCCUUCUGGGCCAUCAUCCUCAUCUGCUUGGCAGUACUCCUGGGACUCAUCACAUGCCUGAUCUGCGGCUUCCUGGCGACCACUCGCUGGCGGAAGAAGGAAGAAUACAGCUUCCGGCAACAGUGCCCAGGCUACUACCAGUCACACCUAGACCUGGAGGAUCUGCAAUGAUUGGAACUUGCCGGUGCCCGGGGUCUCUUUUCCCCAGCCAGGGUCCAAAGUAGCUUGGCUGGGGCAGAAAUAAACCAUAUUGGUCAGACA